AUGAAAAUCUUGAUUCUAGUUGUCGCCCUUCUGGCUCUGACGUCAGCAGACAAAGAAAAGCGUGGAAUAGUAGGCUUAGGCGGCCUAGACCACGGACCUGUACUGUCUGCACCAAUAAGCCUUGGCCAUUCGCUACCCUUGGACCUUUCCUAUGGACACGGGAUUUCAGACAUAUCUUUGGGUCAUGGACUCUCACUGGGCCAUGGUCUUUCCUAUGGAUCCUACGGAGCACCACUUCUAUCAAAAUCUUUGCCGAUUUCAGCUCCAUUAAUAUCGAAGUCUUACUUAUCAGCCCCCUUAUUAAGUAAGUCCUAUGUGCCGGCUCCUAUUUUGACGAAGGCUAUAGCUCCGUAUCCAGCUCCCAUAAUAACCUCUAAAGCCAUUGCUCCAUCGUAUGCAGCUCCAAUAUCUUUGGGACAUGGUUUGGGCUUAUCUGGACUUAGUUUAGGACAUGGUAUCGGCUUAUCCCAUGGACUUAUAAGUCCAUAUAGCUCCAUUUCUUUAGGAAAGUGGUAG